AUGGGUGUGACUAAUGAUGACCAUUGGGGGCAGAGUGAGUGUCAGGAAGUGUUAGUGGUAUGGUGGGAAAGAGACAGUGAGUGAAUAGUUGGCCAGGAGAGCUUUCAGCAGCUUCCACUAGCUACACCCACUUGCUGGCACGUAGCCUUUAACGCAACUGGAAUGCAUGUGAAAUGCUACUUAGCUACAAGGCUAACAGCAGCAGUCCACUUCCUGAAAUUGGUCAUGGGGAGCAGGAGCUUAUCCAAGCAUGCUGAGCAUUAGCCUGAAGGCAGGGAAACAAGUCUGCGGUCCAUCACAGGACGAACAGAUAAACAGACCCUCUCUGCCUGCUCUCAGUCAUACCUGCAGGCCAUUUAGCAACUCCGAGCCACGUGAUUCAGGGAAACCCAUGGGUCCCUUACUCAUACGUGCAGGGGCAGGCGGGAGAUGAGGACGCAGCAGUGGACGUGAAGCUGUACAGUCACCGGUGGAGGAGAUGGCUUCCCCCAAAACCUCGUAACAUGGACAGUAACAGAGCCAGUCAGGAGCAGGACCAGGAUCCGAUGCAGGAGGAGCCUGAGGGCUUCCCGGGCCUGCUGUCUGCGGAGGACUCUGACAACAGCUCCCAGAUAGAGGAGGACACAGAUCACGACUACUACACGUCCAAAUCAUACGGCCCGUCCGAUCAGAUGAGCAAGGACUUGUGGGUAAAUAUCGACCAGAUGGACAAGGGCAAAGUGAAGAUUCACGGGAUUCUGUCCAACACACACAGACAGGCAGCGAGAGUUAAUCUGUCCUUCGAUUUCCCUUUUUAUGGACAUUUGCUGCGUGAAAUCACAGUGGCGACUGGUGGGUUCAUCUACACAGGGGAUGUGGUCCACCGGAUGCUAACGGCUACACAGUACAUUGCUCCUUUAAUGGCAAACUUUGACCCCAGUGUCUCCAGAAACUCUACGGUCAUCUACUGGGACAACGGCACAUCUCUGGUGGUGCAGUGGGACCACGUCCACCUACAGGACAACUACAACCUGGGCAGCUUCACCUUCCAGGCGACUCUGCACAACACCGGCAGGAUUGUGUUUGCAUAUAAAGAGAUCCCCAUUGAAGUGUCACAGAUCAGCUCUGUCAAUCACCCGGUGAAGGUGGGCCUGUCUGAUGCCUUUGUGGUGGUCCACAAGAUCCAACAGAUACCAAACGUGAGACGGAGGACAAUCUACGAGUACCACCGCGUGGAGCUGACGAAGACAAAGAUCACCAAUUCUACAGCCGUGGAAAUGAUGCCGUUACCCACCUGUCUCCAGUUCACCAGCUGCGGCGCGUGCAUCUCCUCACAGAUCAACUUCAACUGUAGCUGGUGCCAUCGGCUCAACAGAUGCUCCAGUGGCUUUGACCGUCAUCGGCAGGACUGGGUGGACAACAGCUGCCCAGAUGAGACUAAGGACAAGAUGUGUGACAUCGUCGACACCACGUAUCUCUACCCCUUCACCACCACGAUUGUCGCCAAAACGACAUCCAGGAGCAAAGAGGUGACUGCAGGCGGGGACACGCCCUCCACCUCCCACCCUCCCACCAGCGUCCCCACUGAAGACGACACCAAGAUUGCACUGCACCUCAGAGACAACCAGGUGAUGCCUGCAGACAGCACAGUGGACAGGAUGCCAGGUACACACCCUCUGCACAUCGGUCUGAUCCUCGGCAUCCUCCUGGUCAUGCUCAUCAUGGUCGCCGGCGUGCUGGUCACCGUGUACGUCUACCAUCACCCGACCUCUGCCGCCAGCCUCUUCCUAAUCGAGAGACGCCCGAGCAGGUGGCCCGCCAUGAAGUUCCGCAGAGGUUCAGGUCACCCAGCCUAUGCAGAGGUGGAGCCGGUGGGCCAGGAGAAGGAGGGCUUCAUCGAGUCUGAGCAGUGUUGAGGGAGGAGGGGGCGCCUGCAUCCUCAGCAGCCCCCCCCCCUCCCCUCCUCCUCCUCCUCCCCCUCCUCCUCCUCCUGUGCCGGCCCUCCUUCUCACCAGGAGCCUGCGGGAUCUGCCUAUCGACGGAGGAGCUCAGUGUACACAAUGACUCGUUACGACUGUGGAAUCGGCCCAUUGAGCGCCACAUGAGACUGAAUAAAGCAGCCAAUGAUGUGAGGAAGUGAGAAAGCCCUGAAGACUGAUCCAGGACUUGAACCCAUUGUUCAGCUCCUGUUGGCAAGGAACUAACCCACCGGGGACAGAGGGAGGGACCGCAUUAAUGUCACCGACUCAGUCAGCAUUGGUUAAGUUUUGUACGGCUGCCGUCAUGUUGCCAGGGAGGGAUUGUACAGCCUGACUGCCUGGACUUAGAUACUGGUGUGUCUGAGGGGGUGAAUUAUACAAUAUAUAUUUUCAGAACCAAUACAGAGUAUGUGAACAGAGAUUUCCACUUUAUUGUCGGUGGGGUUAAACUGUAUAGGCCUUUGUAUAUCCAUCAGGUUUUUACUUUUUUUCCUUUUCCUUCCGGUAGGUUGUUUUCACAUUGGUUGGCACAUUAAUGUGUACAGACCGUGGGUAUUGCUUUUCAAUACCAUAGCAGGCCUAAUUGACUUUUCCACUGCCCGCUCUGCACAGACAGGCUGCAUUUGUGCGAUAUGACGCGAGCAGUAAACUCCCAUCACUGCGAUCGAUCGCAGCUCGGAGAAAAAAAAGCUCUGAACUUUCCGCAUUGGUGUUUAAGUAGUUUGACUUUUGGCUGGUUUCAUUUUCUGAAAAUGAAGUGUAAGGUGUUUUGUUUUGUUUUUUGCUUUGUUUUUUUUCACUGGGAAUAUGUCAGUGGGUUUAAUUUUCAAUGGGUGAUGGGCACACUCUUUUUCUUCUCUUUCUUUUGAUUGGUUCUUUGAUUGAUUUCAUUGAUACCUUUUUUUUUUAUUAUUAUUAUUAUUAUUUUGAUGUGCCAUUUUGUCCCUGACUAGAGUUUGCACAAUUUUCUUUCCAUGCACAUUUUAUUUGCUCAUUUGACAUGUGGUACUAAUGCAAAAUGACAAGACAGGCGCUUGUGAGUGUGUAUGCUGACUAUAUUUUUUAAAGUGUAAGUGAUUCUGUGUGUGUGUAUGUGUGUGUGUGUGAAUGCAAAAGAGAGCAGUUUAUAGUGGUGACUGGAUAUCCACCUGCUUUAUGGGUGCAUAUGUUUGAGCUGGCUCUGAACAGUUGAUUCCUAUUGAUUUGAAUCUGAGGUAUCUGGAUACAGUUUGUGUGAGCGAGCGAGCGAACACACUGGUAUGGUUGGUUUUUCUUUUUUCUUUUUUUUUCUUACAGUGUGGUUUUCUUUUUCCAGUAUGUUGCCAGCAUAACCAUUGGCUUCUCUGUGUUUAUUUUAUGAUUGGCUCACCUGUGUGAACACAUUAAUGUAUAUACCAAGGCCAAAACAUUUGCAGAUUCAGGUAACACAUGGCAAACAUUUGUAGAAUGGCAGUAUAAUACAAAAAAAAAAAAAAAACUUUUUUUAUUUUUUAUGAGUGGCCUUUUUUUCUCUACUUUUUUACUUAAAUGUGAAUACUGUUCCAAUCAUUAUUGUCACUGAUUAGUACACAUGGCAAACACUCAUUUCUACUGUUAGAUGAUUAUUUCAAGACAAAAUCAUGUUUUCACACCAAUGAUUGUAGACUCAUCUUAGAGACAUUAUCAUUAUCCUGGAAUUCUACUGAAAAAUAAAGCGUGCAAUAUGA